AUGAAGACGCUACAGAGCUCCUCCCGGGGCCGCGGGGGUCAUGGUGGGCGCGGUGGGCGCGGAGACGCCCGCUUCGCCUCGCGGUACACCGAUGCCCGCUUUCAACUCGCCCGCCGCGGACGCGGACGCGGACGCGGUGGAGGGCGCGGCAGCAGUCCACGCGACGCCGCGCUGAGAGAUCCCCGUUUCGCGAAGCACCUCGUUGGGCACGUGGGGGAACUCCCGGCAGAGUCCGACGAGGAGGCGGACGCGGAGGAGGGGAGCGAGGACGCGCAGGAGUGGGAUGCGCGCGUGCAGGACUCCGAGGCGGACGACGGCGACGUGACCUUGUCGGAGGGGGACGAGAAGGAGCUGGACGACGAGGUGGAGGCCUGGUCGGCGUCAGACGUGGAAUUCACCGAGCCACGUCGUCGUUUGGCGAUUGUGAACUGCAGCUGGGACCAUAUUCGAGCCGUCGACCUCUACGCCAUCCUCUUCCACGCACUUCCACUUGGUGGACAGCUCAUCGAGGUCGCCGUGUACAUGAGCGACUUUGGCAAGCGCAUGCUCGAGCAUGAACGCAUGCACGGCCCGGAUUUGUGGGUUAAGAAGGGGGAGACGGAGGAAGCGGGCACGACUGGGCAGCGCAACGGCAACCACCGCCGCCGCAACAACAACAACGACAGUGAAGUGGGAGAGGAGCUGGUGAACGUCGAAGGCAAUCACGACGACCAUGACGAGGAGGAUCCGUGGGAGGAGGACAACGUCGCGAUGUUGCACGAGGAGGGGGAGGACGGAGAGCUGUUCUCGCAAGGGAAGUACCGCAAGUACGAGCGCGAUCGCAUGAAGUACUUCUACGCCGUGGCGACGUUUGACUCGGCGGAGACGGCGGAGACAGUCUACAAGCAGCUGGACGGCAUGGACGUUGAGGCAAGCGGCGUCGUGCUCGACCUGCGCUACGUUGACGACGCGGAGGUGUUUGAGGAGCCCGUCAACAGGGCAGACUGUAUUCCUGCGAACUACCGACCCCUUGCCGCGUUCAAGGCAGCGGCGCUCUCGCAGACCCGCUUUCGCAUCUCGUGGGACCAAGACGACCUAUUCCGUUACCGCUCCAUCCGCGACAGCUUCACCGGCGACACGGCGGAGGAUGACAUCGCGGCGUACAUUGCUCCGCCCGACUCCUCCGACGAGGACGACGUCGGCGACGUGGGCGGCGCGAAGAAGAAGAGCAGCGCCCGGGAGAGGCUCCGCAUUCGGAAAAGGUACGCCGGAUUGCUGGAGGAGAUCGGCGGCCUGCCAGAGGAGGAGCAGCGCGGCGCGGACGAGGAGGAGGAGGAGGAGCUUGGCAACAGCGACGACGGCAGCGACGACGACGACGCGCUCAACCGCUUCAGCGACGUCGACUUGAGCGACGCCGAGGGGGAGGGGGAGGGAGAAGACGCCCCCGAUGGGUCGGAGGUCAUGGGCGACUUGGAGGCGACCCUGGACCUCGACGCGGGGACAAAGGCGGCGCGCCUGCAGCGCGAGACGCGGCUCAAGCAGUUGAUGAAGUCCGUUGAUCUGGGCAGCCAGGCCGAGCUCAAGUACAAGCUGCGGCGAAAGGAGGUGCGGAAGGCAAAGAAGGAGCUGCUGGCGCAGGAACGCGAGGCGGAGGCGGCGCGGCGGCAAGAAGAGCUCGAGAAGAAGCGGCAAAUGCUGCGUGAGACGCUCGGCACCGACGACGCCGGUGCCACGCACGUGAGCGGCCGGGAGAAGCGGAAGACGCAUGCCAAGUUGGUGAAGCAACGCGUGGCGGCCGAGCGGGAGGCAAAGAAAAAGAUGCGGGCGUCCAACUCGCUUGGCGUCAGCCGGGAGGUGCGUGAGGCGCAGCGCUCUGUGGCCGCCACGGACGCGAUUGACCCACGCUUUCAGGGCAAACUGCUCACCGACCCGCGCUUCCACUUGGACGUGGCGCAAAAAGACAAGCGAACGAAAUCUGAACUUGUGGAUCUUGCAGCCACCGUUGCCACGGCAAGACGAGCAAAGCGUCAGGCGUCGCAGAAGGACGCGAAAGCGGACGGUGCCGUGGAGUAUUUCUUGAAUCGUCCCGUCAAGAAGGCAAGGAGGGAAUAA